AUGGAGGAACAAUACAUUUCCAAACUCCACCCAAUAGUGGAUUAUGGAGCUGGGGUCUUUCUUCUGAUCAUAGCCAUCCUCACAAUCCUUGGAAAUUCAGCUGUCCUGGCUACAGCUGUGAAACGUUCUUCCCUCCUGAAGUCACCAGAGCUGCUCACAGUCAACUUGGCAGUAGCAGAUAUUGGAAUGGCAAUCAGCAUGUAUCCACUGGCCAUUGCAUCCGCCUGGAACCACGCCUGGCUGGGAGGAGAUGUGUCCUGCAUGUAUUAUGCCCUGAUGGGCUUCCUUUUUGGUGUCUGCAGCAUGAUGACCCUGUGUGCCAUGGCUGUCAUUCGAUUCCUUGUUACCAAUUCAUCCAAAUCUAACAGUAACAAAAUCACCAAGAACACCAUUCGCAUCUUGAUUACUUUCAUCUGGCUCUACUCCUUGCUCUGGGCCAUUUUGCCCUUGGUAGGGUGGGGCUACUAUGGCCCUGAGCCAUUUGGUAUCUCUUGUACAAUAGCCUGGAGCAAGUUCCACAACUCUUCCAAUGGCUUUUCAUUCAUCUUGAGCAUGUUCCUCCUGUGCACAGUCCUGCCUGCACUGACCAUUGUUGCCUGUUACUUGGGAAUUGCCUGGAAAGUUCACAAAGCGUACCAAGAGAUCCAGAAUAUUGACAGGAUCCCUAAUGCAGCUAAACUGGAGAAAAAGCUGACAUUGAUGGCUGUGCUCAUCUCGGUCAGCUUCCUGAGCUCGUGGACACCCUAUGCAGCAGCCAGCUUCUGGUCCAUCUUUAACUCCAGCAAUGCCCUACAGCCCAUUGUCACACUCCUGCCCUGUCUGUUUGCCAAAUCUUCAACAGCCUACAACCCUUUCAUUUACUACAUCUUCAGCAAAACUUUCCGGCGUGAAAUUAAACAGUUACAGUGUUGCUGUGGCUGGCGAGUUCGUUUUUUCAGCACUGACAACUCUGCUGAAAAUCCUGUGUCCAUGAUGUGGAGUGGGAGAGACAAUGUACGUCUUUCCUCAGCUGCCAAGCUGGAGAACCAGGGAGCUGCAGCUCACUGUUGA